CAAUGCCUACCCCCCUACUACUUUAAAUGAACCAUUACUUCAACUCUUCCCUAACGCUCCUCUGCUUCGUCUAACCUCUCUCUCUCUCUCUUUCUCUCGCUCAAAAUCCUCUUUCAGUUAUGAAUCCCACACUAUCAGAAAGAGCUGUAGAGCAGGGGUCCUGGUCCUCUCAACAGAAUAUGAAGAGGAUUUCCUGCAAGAACAUGCUCACGCUGGCUUACCAGAGCCUUGGAGUGGUUUAUGGUGAUCUCAGCACCUCCCCUCUCUAUGUUUACAAGACUACUUUCUCUGGGAAAUUAAGCCUCCACGAGAAUGAUGAGGAGAUUUAUGGGGUUCUUUCUUUUAUCUUCUGGACCUUCACUCUCAUCCCUCUCUUCAAAUACAUAUUCAUUGUGAUGUCUGCCGAGGACAAUGGUGAAGGUGGCACCUUUGCGUUGUACUCGCUGCUCUGCAGACAUGCGAAGCUUUCCGUUCUACCCAAUCAACAAGCAGUGGAUGAGAGGUUGUCUGAAUAUGGUACUGAAGGAUCAGACACACAACGAAGUUCCAUGCUGAAGUCAUUCUUUGAGAAGCACCCAAAAUUCCGUAAUGGCCUUAUGAUUUUCGUUCUACUAGGAACCUGUAUGGCAAUUGGUGAUGGAAUACUUACCCCUGCAAUCUCAGUUCUUUCAGCCGUUUCUGGAGUUAAAGUUAAAAUCACAGAACUUCAUGAGAAUUAUGUUGUGCUGAUAUCAUGCGUCAUUUUAGUGGGGCUGUUUUAUCUUCAACAUCAUGGGACACGCAGAGUUGCUUUCCUGUUUGCACCGAUUGUCACAGCUUGGCUUCUCUGUAUCAGCGGUAUCGGUAUAUACAACAUAUUCCGGUGGAACCCAAAAAUAUUUCAUGCACUCUCUCCAUUGUACAUGUUUAAGUUCCUUAAAAGCAAUGGCAUUGAAGGAUGGAUCUCACUAGGGGGAGUUGUUCUUUCCAUAACUGGUACAGAGACAAUGUUUGCUGAUUUGGGGCAUUUCUCUGCCUUAUCAAUUAAGGUUGCUUUCACAUUUCUUGUAUAUCCCUGUUUAAUUCUUGCUUACAUGGGUGAAGCUGCAUUUCUCUCUAGACACCAUGAAGAUAUUCAGAGAAGCUUUUAUAAAGCUAUACCAGAAGCUGUAUUCUGGCCUAUCUUCAUAGUGGCUACAUUUGCUGCUGUUGUGGGGAGUCAGGCUGUUAUAUCAGCUACUUUUUCUAUGAUAAGCCAGUGCUGCUCCUUGAAUUGCUUCCCCCGAGUGAAGAUUGUUCAUACUUCAAGCACAAUAUAUGGGCAGAUAUACAUUCCAGAGGUCAACUGGAUUCUAAUGUGCCUCUGUUUAGCUGUCACUGUCGGAUUAAAAGACACAAACAUGAUUGGUCAUGCAUAUGGACUUGCAGUUACAACUGUUAUGUUUGUGACAACUUGCUUGAUGUCUAUGGUGAUGACAAUUGUGUGGAAGCAAAGGAUAGCUGUGGCUGUUGCAUUCUUGCUGUUUUUCGGAUCAAUCGAGCUACUCUACAUUUCAGCAUCUUUCAUCAAAGUCCCAGAAGGUGGGUGGAUUCCGCUUGUUCUGUCUCUGAUCUUCAUGGGCAUCAUGUAUUCAUGGAACUAUGGCACAUUGAAGAAACACCAAUUUGAUGUGGAGAGUAAGGUGUCUAUGAAUAGGAUAAUAGCAUUAGGGCCUAGCCUUGGCAUGGUCAGAGUCCCUGGAAUUGGACUUGUUUACUCCAAUUUGGUGACUGGGGUACCAGCUGUUUUUGGACACUUUGUGACGAACUUGCCUGCUUUCCAUCAAGUGCUAGUUUUUGUGUGUAUAAAAUCUGUUCAGGUUCCCCAUGUUAGUGAAGGGGAACGUUUUCUCAUUGGUAGGGUUGGCCCAAAAGAGUUUAGCAUGUUCAGGUGCAUUGUGAGGUAUGGUUACAAGGAUCUACAUCAAGAAAAUUAUGAUUUUGAGAAUAAACUGGUAUCUGGGAUAAUACAAUUCAUAGAAAUGGAAGGAGAAGAAUGCUUGUUGACUAUGACGAACAAAUCACAUUGUGAGUUUGACAUCUCAGAUGUUGAAGCCCCUGCUGAUGUUCCAGGCCCCAUUUUCACCUAUCCAAAUCACGAAGAAAAUAUGGUGCGGUCUUUAUCUGAUAUCCAAAAGGUGAAACCUGAGGUAGGACUAGUGGAGAGUUCUCUCCUCAAAACCGAGUCCCUGGAGAUCCUGAAAGCUAGAGAAUCUGGAGUGGUUUAUAUUCUUGGUCACUCUUAUGCAAAGGCCAAAAUAUCAUCUUCCCUUCUAAAGAAAUUCACAAUCAAUGUCAUUUUUGCUUUUCUAAGCAAGAAUUGCAGGGGACCGGAUGCUUUUCUGAAUGUGCCUCAUACUUCCCUGCUGGAAGUUGGCAUGAUUUACUAUGUCUAGUUUUAUGAAAAGAUCCUUACUGCUUCACAAGGUUCCGAUCCUGCAUCUUAAAUAGGAAGGAACAGAGAGUGUGAAAAACUCAGCCACCCAGAACAAUGAUAGUGGUGAAGAUAAUGACUUCUCAAUUCUAACUUUGAUUCUCUUCAUCAUCCAAAAGGACCAGAACCAUGUUUGAGCUUCUUAGAAUCCAUAGACUUCGAUGAAAGAUCCCCGGACACUGUUUAUGGCUUCUUGAUGAUGAUGAUGAUGAUGAUGCAGCAACAGGAUUUACACUGUUAUCUGGAUUAAAAUGCUAAGGUUUCCUUCAUUUUGUUUAAGAACUACAUUUCACACUACCCUACAGAUGUAUAAAGCCAAAGGCCUCACCCUGUAUAUAGGGGUUGUGGCAUAAGUGAAUAUCAUAU